CAUAAAAUAUAAUGAAGCAUGCAUAAAUGGCAACUCGCUAGCGACAGACUUCUGGGAACCACUCGGUUAUUGCAGGCUUUGCCGUCGGCGCAUGUCGACCAGCAUACCCAAUGUGUAUAAAGCACUUUCAGCUCGAGAGCUUGGAGGUCGUCGACCGGGAACGGCGACGAACCAAAGCAGGAGGCUUUACCAAAGCAUCUGCCCAAACGCGAAGGCCCAGCAACUAGAUAUCCCGGAGGUGCACAUCUGCCGCUUCUCGCCAUGCGGCCAUUACCUGAUCUGCUUCGCUGGUGGCUUCACGCAACUGGUCGUGUACCGGUUCACGGGUCCACGGCUGAGCUGGCAGGGCGAGUUGGAGGAAGCAGAGCUGACCGCGAAGCUGUCAGACUUCAGCAGCUUCUUUACGCUGCUGUACCGCCUGACGGUGGCGCCCGCCGGUGAGGUACUAGCGCGGGAUGUCGUACAGUUCAUGGCGGGCGGCGCGCUGCUGCUGCUGGCCUCACACUCGCCGUACACGCCGCCGCCGCCCGCCGUGGCGGCGGCUGCGGUGGCGGCCCUGGAUCCGUUGGCGGCACUGCCAACCGCCGCCUCCAUCCACCUGCACCUGGUGCGGCUGGCCGAUGGCGUGCGUGUGGGCGGCAGCCGGCUGGAGGGGGAGCUGGUGGACCUGAGCGGCCGCCCCGCCAGCCUGGGCGUGUGCACACACGAGGACCUCAUCUGCGUGCUGGCGGUCCGCAGCCAGGUGGUGCACCUGCUGCAGGUGCUGCGCGGCGGCGAGGAGGUGUUGCCGGUGCGCUGCCUGGGGCCACACGUGCGUGAGGACGACGAGCUGGUCGUCAGGACGGCGGACGAGGCGGAGGAGCGCUGGCGGAGGCAGCGUGCGGCGGAGCGGGAGGCGGCAGCGGCAGCCGCCGCCGCGGCUGGCCGCGCGUCCUCGCCAGGUGGCGCGGUGGCGGGAUCGGACGCAAUGCGGGGCUGUGGCACAGGCGUCAGCCCUGGCGGCGGCGUCGGUGGCGUUAGCUUAGGUGCUAGCACCAGCACCAGUACCAGCAGCGCCGGGCAGGCGGCGGGCUCGACAGGGCAGGCGGCUGCAGGGGGCGUGGCGGCGGGCGCGCCUGUGCCGGCGCAGCAGCCACCGGGCGCCGGCACCCACCCUGUAAUGCCCCCCAUGCGACGAAGCAUCAACGGCGAUCUGGUGCGGAGCGACAUGCCCUUGCCCGGGCUCGCCACGCACCCGCACCCGCACCAUCCAGCAUACGCACAGCAGUCCGCCAACGGAGGCGGCCCAGCUGCAGGCGGUGCCGCGGCCGCUGGUGGGGCAGGGGGUAGCGGGGCGGCGGGGCACGGCGGGCGGCCACCUCGGGCGACGCCCGCUGUUUACGCUACGGCGGCUGCGGGGUUGGCUGCUGCGACGGCGGCUACGGCCGGAGGCGGUGGCGGACUAGCCGCUCGGGGUGGGGGCCUACGUGGCGGGUACCUGUCACGAGGGGGCAGGGGAGGCCUGCGGGCAGGGCCGCUGCCGUCUGCGCCUGGCCUUCAAGCGGCUGGUGUUGCAGCAACCGGCGCCAAUGCGGCGGCUCCGCCCGUGGCGGGUGUGCUGUAUCCGCCCCGCGCGCCGGACGCGGUGGGCAAUGGCGGCGGGCUGGGUGCCGGCGGUGCCGUUCACGGAGGUGUGGGGGUAGCAGUGGCAGCGGCAGACCGUGAGGCACUGGCGGCGCAACAGGCGGCGCUGCGGCAGGCGGCGCGGCAGCAGCAGCUAGGGCAGCUGGCGGCACAGGCGGGGCCCGGCGCGCCGCCGCCGCCACCCAUGCGUCGGAGCAUGCCGGGCGUGGCGGCUGCUGGUGCUACAGCCCUCGCAGCAGGCGCCGUGCUACAGCCUGGCCUUGCACCAGCAGGGCCGGGCGGUGCAGCAGCGGGUUUGGCGGCGGCAGCAGCGAGGGCACAUCGGGUCCCGGGGCACGUGGCGGCGGCAGGAGCUGCUGCCGGCCAUCCCCACUUGCACGCAGUCGCCGCGCCUGGGGGCACGAUGGGGCAGCAUCCCGCGCAUCACAUCACGGGGGCUGGGGCUGGAGGCGGCGCGGCGGCAGGAGGCGCAGGCGGAGGGGCGGGCGAGGACGGAGGCGAGGGGGGCUGCGUCACGGGCCUGAAGCAGCGAUUGCUGGCACACUUGUACAGCAACUGCCUCGCCGCGGCGAAUAAAAAUCCGCGUCGGCUGCAGCGGGAGGCGAUGUCGCUGUUCAGACAGAUUGACACGUACCGCUCGCUACUCAUGCGGAAGGUGUACUUGUUGGAUAGGCGCCACCUGCUGAUUGACUGGCGUACGCCCGCAGCCGCCGACCUUGGCGGGCCGCCGGCGGCUGGCGGCGGCGGCGGCGGCGGCGCGGGCGGCCCUGGCGCGCCGCCUGGGCAGUUUCUGAUGCUGUUUGACCUGCAGACCACACGCGUCGUUGCCUUCAAAUCAAGCACGCAGGCGGACCGCGUUGUUGAGGGCUACCUGCGCACCGUCACCGCCGCACUGCCGGGCCCGUGGGCGGAGGCCCUGGCACCCUGGGACCGAUGCAACUACGACGAGGCGAUGUCUGGCGCCCGUGCUAAGAUGGCACCGCCAGCUAAGACCGCCGCCGCCGCUACGGCGGCCGCUGCCGCCGCCGCAGCCGCGCCGCCCGCAGCCGACGGUGUCGUGGACCGGGCGGCGGCGGCGCGCAAGUUGCUGCAGUUGCUGCCGCCCGCCACUGCCGUGUCGGACCUGUCGCCGAGCCCGUACCUGGAUCCAAGGAUGUACAACUACGACGACCGGGCGAUUUCGCUCAACAUCCGUACGCGGCCCUCGCUGGAGCAGCCGAUCUCGUUUCGGCCGCGAAACCGCCCGGAUCGAGCCGGAUUCCGGCUGGAACCCGGGCCGUACGAGGCCAUGCUGGUACGGGACCGGCGGUUGGCACGCAGCGUGUCGUACCUCGUCCACCCGGAGGCGCCAUUCGUCAUGUCAGUAUUCAGCGUGUUUCAGCAAACAACGCUGAACAUCAACUUUCGUGUGUAAGCCGCAUGGACGGAGGGCGCAAUGGCAGGUGCAGUGCCACGCUCGGAGCGUGCAGAGCAGACCGCAGAGGGAGCAGAGCAGGGUGCUGAGGGUUUGGACCCGGACACGUAGUGUGCGUGUAGGAAGUUGCCAAUGGCUGAGGGGCUUGGAUGAUACCCAGUGGAACUGGAGAAGAGAGAAUGGCGGGCGUUUAGUAAUGCAGGUGAUAUAGAAGAUUUACGGAAUUAGGCCAGCUCGAGUAUCUAGAUGGGUCACAACAGAACACAACAAACGGAGCGGAAGCAGGCGCAUGAGAGACACUUACUUGUGCUACUGAGGAUUGCGGCCGGACACAUACACACAAGUUUCUCAGUGUGGGCCCCAAUGGAGUUUUGCUACGUUGAGCCGCUGUGUGCACAGUUUUCGGGGCAUCCCUGCUGCUGGGAGAGGUCAUGCGGCACAUGUUGAAUUGCCUGCACCAAAACUCAAUACAGUUUGCGUGAAUGGCACGGGAUACGGGACGGGAGGGAUGGUUGCGCAAGAUCAAUGCCACUCCACAUACAAAGCAUGUGCGCGUGAGCAAAAUGUCAUAAAAACUGGUGAUGCAUUUGGUGCCAGUGGCAUACGCCCUGUGCGCUGGUCUCGUUUCUUGCCACGUGUGAUUUUGCGCGUUGCGCUCAAGGGUGCAAACCCAUGCAUGUGCUCACGGUACCGUGAGGCCCAGGCAAUCCUACGAUUCCACGUGUGUGUGUGUGUGUGUGUGUGUGUGUGUGUUAAAAAACGAAACGAAAGCCCGCCCAGACGACGCCGGAGUUACUUACCGUGUGUGUGUGUGUGUGUGUUAAAAAAAACGAAACGAAAGCCCCCCCAAUGUGUGUGUGUGUGUGUGUGUGUGUGUGUGGUGUUCAAUACUCAUGGGAUGUGUUGUUGCUGUGGUUGGGUCAUGUGGUGUCGUGCUGAGACCUGGGCCGGGCGUGCGGUGGGGACCCUGGUAGCAGUGGUGCAGGGUCCGGCCUUGCACUGCCACCUUGCAGGUUCACACCACCAUCUGCCCAUGCCGUCCUCGGUCUCUGUGCGUUCUUAUGUAGCCGACCAGCAGUGUAUGACAGCCUUGUGGGCCGCUCCUGGCGUCCUGGCGAAUUGGCGGGGCCAUCAGGGGCCUGGGGCCAUGCCAUGUGGCAUGCGCGCGUUGCCUUGAAUGCACUUGUAGGCGUUACGGUGGUGGAGCAUUAGCUGCAUUGCUGCCAGUGGAGCCGUGCCCUUGGCCGUGCCUGGCAAUGCUACGAUGCUUCUUGAAUCGCAGCGCCGCGGCCUUCAUCAGCACGUCCGCAUCUGCGGCGCGGCGGCAGCUUACUUCAACUCCGGACGUGGGUAAAGACGGGUGUAGAAGUGGUGCAGGCGACGAAUGAAAGCCGCACGGAAAGCUGGAAGAGUCCACACCCGAUGUAAACGCAAGGGGCA